AAAUUGAUGAUUCUACGAGUACAACCUCUUCUUGUUAGCUUAAAAAAACAGUGUAAACAUAACCUUUAAAGUAUAAGUUUGAGCGAAGAAAGAAACAAGUAAUUUUUCAUUGUUGUUCCAUGAUUAAAGUGCACAUUGCGGCAGAGUUUUGAAAUGAUUGAAACAAGAAGACUCCUUAGGAAUUUAAUAAAAAGCAAGCAAAACAUCUUUUCAUUCGAGAAACAUUUCUCGAAAGAUGCUGAUAUUAAUAACGACGAGAAAACGACACAUUUUGGAUUCAAAACAGUUAAAGAAAGCGAUAAAGUGAAUGAAGUUUAUACAGUGUUUGAGAAAGUAGCAAAUUCUUAUGAUCAAAUGAAUGAUGCAAUGAGUUUAGGAAUUCAUCGCAUUUGGAAAGAUAUAUUUAUUCAGAGACUUGGACCAACCCAUGGGAGCAAAUUAUUAGAUUCUGCCGGUGGCACAGGAGACAUUACAUUUCGAUAUUUACGAUAUUUGAAAAAUUCCCCGAACCCUAAAGACGUAGAGAGUUCUGUAACAGUUUGCGAUAUAAACGAGAAUAUGUUGGACGUGGGAAAAAGUAGAGCCAAAGCACAGGGUUGGUCAAAUCAGAAUAAUGUUCGAAUUGAUUGGAUGCAAUGCGAUGCUGAAAAGCUUCCUUUUGAUAAUGAUUCAUACACAGCUUAUACAAUUGCUUUUGGAAUAAGAAAUGUAACGCAUAUUGAUAAGGUACUUUCUGAAGCAUAUAGAGUACUUACCCCGGGUGGUAGAUUUAUGUGUUUAGAGUUUAGUCAUGUGGACAAUGAGGUUUUAAGAUGGAUUUACGAUCAAUAUUCGUUCCAACUAAUACCUGUAUUAGGUACACUUAUUGCAGGGGAAUGGCAAGCUUAUCAGUAUCUUGUUGAGAGCAUUAGAAAAUUUCCAAACCAGGAGAAUUUUAAAGAAAUGAUUGAGGAGGCAGGUUUCAGGAAUGUAACUUAUGAAAAUUUGACCAGUGGAAUAGUAGCUAUUCAUUCGGGCUUUAAACUGUAA